CAAAUGCAGGAGAAACGUACUAGUUUGGAAAGAAUUGAAGAUGACCUUGCAAGAGCAAGAGCGGCGAUUCGAAAGGCAGCACGAACACGUAAUUAUACUUCUAACAAAAUGGAAGACUUCAUUCCUAGAGGACCAACUUACAGAAAUUCAUACGCCUUUCAUCGGAGCUACAUUGAGAUGGAGAAAACCUUCAAAAUUUGGACGUAUACAGAAGGGGAAGUGCCUAUGGUACAUGAAGGACCACUAAGCAUGCUAUAUUCGACAGAAGGCCAUUUCAUUGACGAAAUGGAAAAUGAGAUAAACCCAUUUGCAGCGCGGCAUAUCGAUGAAGCGCAUGCAUUCUUCCUUCCCUUCAGUGUAACUAAUAUGGUUAGAGCUCUAUACACACCCACUACUCAUUUUGAUCCCUACAUUCAUGUCGUGGCAGAUUAUGUUCGUCUCAUAUCAGAGAAAUACCAAUACUGGAAUAGAAGUAGCGGGGGUGACCAUUUUAUGGUUUCAUGUCAUGAUCUCGCACCCUAUGUCACCAGUCAUGCUCCUAAUGAACUAUUCAAGAACGUUAUUAGAGUUCUCUGCAAUGCUAAUUCAUCAGAAACUUUUCAACCCAAAAGGGAUGUGUCCUUGCCGGAAAUUUAUCUUCUUCCCAGAACUCUUGGCACCGCAACACAGUUCCGUAAAACUGGUUUAAAUCGUUCAAUACUGGGCUUUUUUGCUGGUGGGGUUCAUGGAGCCAUACGAGAGAAGCUAAUGGAGCACUGGAAAGACAGAGACAACGAAUUACAGGUUCAUGAAUAUCUUCCUAAAGGACAGGAUUAUGGUGAAUUGAUGGCUCAGAGCAAAUUUUGUUUGUGCCCAAGCGCGUAUGAAGUCGCGAGCCCUAGAGUGGUUGAAGCGAUCCAUGCAAGCUGUGUUCCGGUGAUUCUUUCUGAUCACUACGUCCUUCCAUUUAGUGAUGUGCUUGAUUGGAGCCAGUUUUCAGUGCAGAUUCCAAUCGAACAGAUACCAGAACUGAAAACUAUAUUACUAUCAAUAUCAGAUGAUAAGUACCUUGAACUUCAGAAGAGGGUCGCACAGGUUCAACGGCAUUUUACUAUUAAUCGUCCUGCUCAACGUUUUGAUGUUUUCCACAUGAUACUUCAUUCAGUUUGGCUUAGGCGUCUCAAUUUUCAUCUACCAGCUUGA